GGAUAUGACGUCACUGAUAAGCACCUCUAACAGUCUGUCUUCCGCUAAGCAGGCAAGCUCAGAAGUGAACAUCGCUCUCCAGAUUUCCCCCCUCAUGAAAAGUCCUUCCUAGUGGUCACAGAAAGUCCACGCAGCUCUACUCCGACAGUCUCCCUCUCUUUUUUUUUACAGACGGAGCAGUAAUCUGCGGUGCAAAUGAGUGACGGAGAGUGUGACUUUUUCUGCUUCUUCCGCUGCUGCUGAGCGCGCUCCUUAUGCGCCUCAGGCAGACAGGAAGGCAGGGUGUCUCCUAACAGUGGCACCAGGUGGAAAAGUUGCUGGAAGAAAGCAGGAGGGGGGAGGGCGGAGCUUCACAACCAUUUCAGCUACAUCUGAAGUAGGUGGAUCUGGCAGGUAGGCAGGUGGUCUACCUGUCUGGGUGGUUGAUUUGAUCGACUGGAUGUCUGUGGACAUGAACAGCCAAGCUUCAGACAGCAACGAGGACAUUGGGGUGAACUCUGAAGAGGAGGAGGAUGAGGAUGACGGAGUAGAUGAAGCUGACAUUGAAGAUUAUUAUAUAGGCGUGGCCAGUGAUGUGGAGCAACAGAGCGCCGAUUCCUUCGACCCGGAGGAGUAUCAGUUUACCUGUCUGACAUAUAAAGAGAGUCAGAGGGUGCUGAUGGAGGAAGUAAACAAUGUCGCUGCUGCACUAAAGGUUGUACCGUCGGUAGCCAAACUGAUCCUGGUUCAUUUUCACUGGCAGGUUUCACAAAUCAUGGACAGAUGCAAGUCCAACUCCUCUCUUCUCAUGUCUGAUGCUCUGGUCCAGCCCAGCAGCACCAGCAGAUUAGUCACUGCCCCCCAGUCCCUCCAGUGUGGUGUGUGUCUACAGGUUGUCAGGAGGGACUACUUGCUGACACUGCCCUGUCAGCAUUAUUUCUGCACAGCAUGCUGGGAGCAGCACUGCACUGUAUUAGUCAAAGAUGGCACAGGAGUAGGUAUCUCGUGUAUGGCUCAGGACUGUCCCCUCCGGAUGCCAGAGGACUUUGUUCUGCCUCUGCUGCCGGGAGAGGAGCUGAAGGACAAAUACAGACGCUACCUCUUUAGAGACUACAUUGAGAGUCACUUCCGGUUGCAGUUGUGUCCAGGAGCAGACUGCCCCAUCGUCAUCAAGGUUCAGGAGCCUCGAGCGCGCAGAGUUCAGUGUAGCCGCUGUGGUGAAGUCUUCUGUUUUAAAUGCCGUCAGAUGUACCACGCACCCACAGACUGUGCAACCAUUCGGAAAUGGCUGACCAAAUGUGCAGACGACUCCGAGACUGCAAACUACAUUAGUGCACACACUAAAGAUUGUCCGAAGUGCAAUAUCUGCAUUGAGAAGAACGGAGGGUGUAAUCACAUGCAAUGUUCCAAGUGCAAACACGACUUCUGCUGGAUGUGCCUUGGAGACUGGAAGAGCCACGGCAGUGAAUACUACGAAUGCAGCCGCUACAAAGAAAACCCGGAUAUAGUUAACCAGAGCCAGCAGGCUCAGGCUAGAGAGGCCCUGAAGAAAUACCUCUUCUACUUUGGGAGAACCACAACAAGUCUCUGCAGCUGGAAGCUCAGACGUACCAGAGGAUCCAGGAGAAGAUCCAGGAAAGAGUCAUGAACAAUCUGGGAACGUGGAUUGACUGGCAGUACCUGCAUAAUGCUGCAAAGCUUCUCGCUAAGUGUCGCUACACACUGCAGUACACCUAUCCGUAUGCCUAUUACAUGGAGUCUGGGCAACGUAAGCAGCUGUUUGAGUACCAACAAGCGCAGCUCGAAGCCGAGAUCGAGAACCUGUCCUGGAAGGUGGAGCGGGCCGACAGCUAUGAGAGGGGGGUGGUGGGGGGUGAGGGGGACCUCAGUGCGAGUGACAGAGGGGAUCUGGAGAAUCAGAUGCACAUUGCAGAGCAGAGGCGACGUACGCUGUUGAAGGACUUUCACGACACCUGAGGCUCCGAUUGCAACUGCAGAGCACCAGCAUCUCCUUCCUCACCUUUUUCCUGCUUCCUUCCAUGACUUUCUCUGGGUGCAGCCACAUUGAUUUGCUUUUCACCACUUGUCCAUUUGCAUCCCUUUAUUUUUUUGCCUCCUCCUCUCAUUUCGGUAAUGCUGCAGGGUCACAGAAUGUCACGAUUGUCUGGCCCCGCCCCCUCGUGUUUCAUCUGCUCCUCAUGCACACACUUUUUGGUUUUUAGAGCAUUAACCCACCAUGGUUACACUUGUUUCAGCUCUUCAGACCUGCUUAUGUUUGAGGUUUAAAGUAUGAAGACAGUAGCCCCGCCCCCUGCUCAUGUAAUUAGACGUUUCCGUGGUAACACAGCAGUUUUUGCCCACAGAAGCAGCCCUGUUAGUUUUCCUCCGAUCUCAUUUGUGUGGAAUAAAACUGAAACAAAAAGCACAUGGAGCGAAAUGAUAAUUGAAAAGCUUGUGGUUGUAAUAGGUAGGGGAGUAUUGUAAAACCAAAAUGAGUAGCAGGUGCCGGUCAGUUUUGUCUGGUUACAAGCAAAUGUGAAAUUUAGUUUUGUCUCAUGUGAGACUGAUGGAGAUGAAUAAAACAUAUAAUGCCACAGGGUGUUUGAAGGUAUGAAGUUGUUCAAAUCCUCUGCUGCAAACUUCACCUGUGCAGCUCAGUGAUGCUUUUGCGAACAUUUACUAACCACAUCAGGUACAGAGCAACAGUAAAGCCAGCAGACAUUGUUCAAUUUAAGCUAUUUUUAUAUCAGCUUCAAUAAAUAAAUAAAUAGUCACAAUUUGUGGAUUGAAUUCUCCGUUGAACUGAGAAAGCGUAAUCAUGAUGAAUGUGUAUGUAGAUGGCAGCUGCUUUAACCUUUCUUGCAAGUCUUUCCCUUUGACUUAACCUGCUGGUUCUACUGCCAGCAGAUGAUAAUUAGGAUGACUACCUAUUUGGUAAAUAUUAUUAAAAUUCUGCUUUUUUUUUAAGUAAAAUUGUGUAGAUUAAAUCCAGAGUGAGUUGAAUUUUGAUAAUGGUUUAAUUUAUUAAUUAGGUGAUCUAAAACCAUACGAUGAUGAUGAAAUGAUAUUGAUGAAACAAGUGUAAUCUGUCACUCACACACUAAAGAAUAACAGGAUGACAUCUUUAUCAUGGUGUGCAUACGCCAACACACUCCAUAACAACAAAAACAUUUCCUGUUAGUUUGUCUCCUAUUGUGUUUGCGCUUCUUUCUUUAGUCAUCCCCCUUGUUUUGUUAUUUUUUCAGUUUUUGUUUUUUCUUUUUCCCUGCUUAUAUUGUUCAAUUUUCUUCUGGAAAACAGCUGUGUUGACCAUUUAAAAAAAUGUAAAAAGGACAGAAAAAAACAAAAAAAAAAACCAAAACAAAAAAAGCUGUAAUUUUCAAUGGUUGUACAUUAAUACAGAAAUAGAGUUACUGAGAGAGUUUUUAAAACUGGA